UCCGCAGCCCAUAAAGCGCGGCGGCAGCGCGGCGAGGCCGCGGCCACGCAGUGAGAGCCCGCCGUGGGACCAGCCUCGCUCCGGCCACGCCACGGGAGCACUGCGAGGGACAGACCGCCCCACCUCAAGAUGCAGAGGUGCGCCGGUUUCCUGUUUCUGUCUUUAAUCCUCUGUACCACCCUCUCGGAAACACUCGGGCUGGUUUUCUCAGCGAAAGACAAAAGGGGUUGGACUUUGAAUAGUGCUGGUUAUCUACUUGGGCCACAUGCAGUAGAUAACCACAGAUCAUUUAAUGACAAGCAUGGUUUCACUGGUAAACGUGAAAUACCGCCCGAUGAGGAUAUUAAAGCAGGAAACCUUGGAAGACCCCUGGCUGAUGAAAACAUUGUGCGCAUAGUAAUUGAAUUUUUGACUUACUUGCAUCUGAAAGAGGUGGGAGCACUUGACAAGCUACCUACACCAGAGGAAAUGAACCAGUCUUGAAGAAUGCAUUUUUAUUUUGUUGCAGUGUAGAUUUAGACUGAAUUCUAAACAAAAGACCAAAAUGAACUUAAGUUAAGAAGUAUAGUUUGCACUUAUCUGAUAAAUGGUAAACAGUGUUCUUCCCUCUGGUUGGUUUGUUGGAUUAUUUUUUGCUUUUUUUUUUCCUUCCCUCCCUCUCCUGCAAUGUCAUCGUGUAUAAUUUUGCUUUGGUAAAUAUUUUCUGUAGGUAAAUGAUAAAAUAAAAAUAAAG